CGGGGGCCAACGUCCCGCAGGCCGGGUGUUGCGAGAAGUGCUUCCCACGGAAAAAGCCGCGUGUAUCCCUGACAUUUGGAGGCCCUGGGGCUGCCGCGCCCUGACCCUGGGCAGUCCCUGCACCGCACCGGUUCUCAGGGGUGGGACUAGAGCCGGGAGGGCGCCGAGGCCCUUCCCUCCCGGACGUCCGCCUCUUUCCGGCCUCUGCUCUUGGCCUAGGAGGACGGAGGACGUUCAGGACUGUUUGUCCGGGGGCUCCGAGAGGGACGCUGCGCUCGUGCCCCUGAGAAACAUCUAACACUGUUCUGAGAAUGAUCUACAUUGACAUAAGAGGAUCACCCCUUCUAUUUCAUUCUUUGAGGAAAACAAGUUCUUCUCCAGGAGAAAAGUCGGAACUCAUCAAACAAUCACUGAAGAAGCCAAAGUUACCAGAAGGUCGUUUUGAUGCACCCGAAGAUUCCCACUUUGAGAAGGAACCACUAGAAAGUGAGCAUAAAUUUCCAGAUGAUAUUAAUCCAGUUACCAAAGAAAAAGGUGGACCCAGGGGCCCAGAACCUACACGAUACGGAGAUUGGGAACGAAAGGGCCGUUGUAUUGAUUUUUAAGUCAUGUAUUCUUUAAUUGAAGUAUGAUUAUUAUUAUUAUUUUAUUAAAUCAUAGCUGUGUACAUUAAUGCAGUCGUAGGGUACAAUGUGCUGGUUUUAUAUACAAUUUGGAAUAUUUUCAUCAAACUGUUUAACAUAGUCUUCCUGGCAUUUUCUUAGUUACUGUGUUAAGACAUUUGUAUUCUACAUUUACUAAGUUUCACAUGUACCCUUGUAAGAUGCACCCUAGGUGUGGUCCCACCAAUUACCCUCCCUCCACCCAUCCUUCCCUUACCCUGACCUUCCCUUUCCCCUUACAUUUAGUCAUGUAA